UGCACCUAACGUGCAUAAAGCGCUCGAGACUGCCAUGAAAGUUGCCUAGUUUGCUGUCGUUUGUGCAAUUUCAUCUGACACCUUUAUAGUGUUAAACGUUAUUUUCUGGUGUUGAGUGGAGUAGGUAGACAUGGCUGACCAAGAAACUGGGCCCAUUGGGUUGGGCAAGAGGGCUGCAGCAGGUGCUGCAGUUUUCAAAGUGCGUGAGGCUGCAAUGGCUAUUCUUCAAACAGAAUCUACUGGUAACCUGAAAGUACAAAAACGGAGUGUCCCAUCGACUCCUUUCAUCGUACCAGAACCUUCCCUAAGGCCCCCCACUCUGCUAUUGCCACCUUCGCACCACGAUAACCCAGUUGGAGGUUUUACCUGUGAGGUGUGCGGCCAGAACUUCUUCUCUUUUCCUCAGAUGGUGAGACACAAACAGUUCCACGACGAAGAAAGGCCCUUUCCCUGUGGUGUGUGUGGGAAACGUUUCCUGAGCCGCAGCCAUUACACUGAGCACCAGCGGGUUCACACUGGGGAGCGCCCCUUUCCCUGCGACCAGUGUGAGCGCUCGUUCACCACACACCACAACCUAAAGCGUCACCACACCAUCCAUGCCAAAGAGGAGGCAUACCGCUGCCGGAAGUGUGGUGUGCUCUUCUGCCAGCGCCACGAGUACCCCAGCGGCAUACCUCGACCCGACCUCGAGCCUCGACCUGGGUUCGAGUCCAUGUCCAUGAUGCAACCCACACCUCCUAUUCAGGUCACACUCACACCCAAGCAGAUUAAGAAGCUUAACAACAACAAGAAGAAGAAAAGCCAUGAUCUCUCAACCAAACAUGAUCAUUCUAAGAAGAAGAAAAAGAGGAGAGUCAAGCAUCCAGGCCCAGCAGAGAAAGUACAUUCUGUGCCUCAAGAGGAACUUUGGCCUGUGUUGUUAACUAGAGGAGAAAAAUUGCAAAAAGUUGCUUAUGACAUUGAGGUUAUUCUUUGAUCCCACAUGAUGAUGAAACAAAUGGGAUAAUCAGUUAGAUCAUGAUAAGAAAGAAAAAAAGAUGAAUGUUGUUCUGUUUCUUAUAAUAAUAAGUGCGUCUCCACCCAUGUGGACGUACUGUUUCAUAAAAGGAGUUAUACCUCAAAACACUUGUCUUGCAUCACAUCAUGAUUUUGGUAUUUAUUCCUUAAUUGAGUUCGAGAAAAUAGGAACUUUCUCUCCACCAGUGAUAAUGAUUAGAAAAUAUUCUGUCAAGCAUUUAAAAUGGUUAACAGUCCUCUGAAAUGUUAUGGUUUUACCUUUGAGAUCGUGACCAUUGUUUUUGUAUUACUUUAGUAUAUAUAUUUUUCAGUUGUUAUGAUUGAUUAAUUCAAUUAUAUUUGAUCCAUUGCGAAGAAAGGGCUAAUUAGACUGUGUCCAUACAUUAUGAAAUGACUUGCUGUUAAACCAGCUUACUCUUCUGAUGGUACACAUUCAAAACUAAUUUCCAUAUCAAAUCAUGUUCAUCCGCUUUUUAGAUUACGAUCAUAGAGGCCUGUAGGGUUUCUUGCUUGGCCUCAACCAUUAAAUCGUCCAGAAAUUGCCCUCACCAAUGUAUGUACGUGUAAAUAAUCAUGAUACAUUUUUUUGUUGAUUAUUAAUUACUAAAUGUACCUGACAUAGGAAUAUCUGUAGUCUGUGUUAAGGGAAUAAUGCUGUUAAAUUGGGGUAACUAGUAAAGUUCCAGAGUCUGAAUGUCAAACUGCUAUGAAAUGUAUAUAUUGUCUCAGAUUGAAUUCUGCAUAACUACCUCAGGCUGUAGAUUGUAAAUGUGUAUUUUUUUAAUUGAUAAUGGGUACUAACUUCUUGCCUUUGUCUUGACUGUUGACACUUUCCAGAUACACUAUAUAUACAAAAGUAUGUGGACACCCCUUCAAAUUAGUGGAUUUGUCUAUUUCAGCCACACCGUU